CGCGUUUCGUGCGGGAACAGAGGAAGGCGAAUCUGGGUGUGGGGGGCUCCCCCCACCACCCCUCACACACGCAGAUAACUAAUGUACAGCUCAGGAUCAAGUAUAAUCGAUCCACUGCUGGAUGGAAAUCCUCUCUCGCACAGUUAUUCACAAUCCCCGUUCAAAACCAACGACACGGCGAUUACAUGAUUUCGCUUUGCAUUCGAUCCGGGAAUCGAUUUUUUCUUUUCUCGCCGUCAAUCGCCUACUUUGUGGUCGAUUAUUAAAGUUACAAAUUGUUUGUUUGUUCUCUAUCAUGUUGUAGUUAGUUAUGUGAAUGCUCAUUCGUGGUCACAACACAUCAUUUGUACGCACGGGAUAGUGCAGAUAUUAUAUAGCGAAUCGAAAACAUCGAUUCAACUGGCGGUCAGCUGAUCGGGAUGUGUUCGUCAGCUGGUCGCGUGCUGGACUCUUGACUGGGACGCUACCGGCGGGGAGGUGAGUGAAGGGGACCUCGCGUGCGCCAGCCGGGAGAGCCAUGAUGGAGGGCGUGGAGGUGGUGGUGGUGCACGGCGGCGCCGGCGUCGUCAGCGACGACCGGGCCGAGGCCUGCAGGGCGGGCGUGAAGCGCGCUGCGGCCCAGGGGGCCCGCGUGCUCGCCGCGGGGGGCUCCGCCAUGGAUGCCGUGGAGGCGGCGGUGGUGCUGCUGGAGGACGACCCCAACUUCAAUGCCGGCGUGGGCUCGGUGCUCAACGCGGAGGGGGAUGUUGAGCAGGAUGCCCUCGUGAUGGACGGCUCGCGCCUCGCGGCCGGCGCCGUCUCCUGCGUGCGCAACAUCGCCAACCCCGUGCUCCUCGCCCGCCUCGUCAUGGACAAGACGAGUCACACGAUGCUGACGGAGAGCGGAGCGGCGGCAUUCGCGCGCUCCCAGGGAGUCCCCGAGGUUCCCGCGGAGCAGCUGGAGACGCCACGCUCCCGCCAGCGCUGGCAGAAGAACCGGCGGCCCGACCCCCAGCGCCACCCAGACGAGCUGCACGGCACCGUGGGAGCGGUGGCGCGGGACCGCUCUGGCAACCUGGCGUGCGCCACGUCCACCGGAGGGAUGACCAACAAGAUGGUGGGUAGGGUUGGAGACACUCCGUGCAUUGGGAGCGGAGGCUACGCAGACAACCAGCUGGGGGCGGUGUCCACCACGGGCGACGGGGAGUCCAUCAUGCGCGUGGUGCUCGCGCGCCUCGUCCUCUUCAACGUCCAGCAGGGCAUGAGCCUGGAGGAGGCGGCCGACUCGGCGCUGAGUCACAUGACGGCGCGGGUGGGCGGCACGGCGGGCCUCGUGCUGCUGGCGCCCGAUGGCCGCUGGGCGGCCCGCUGCAACUCGCUCCGCAUGUCCUGGGCAGCCGCCUCGCCCGGGGCCGCCCUGCUUCACUACGGCCUCGAGCGCGGGGAGAUCCUCGCCGAGCCGGCGCCACCGAUGCCGCUCACCGCGCCCGGGCCUGGGGCUGGGGCUGGGCCCAAGCGGUGACCCGGGGGAGGGGGGGGGCGAGGACGGUGUCGUUUGCACGCUGGCGGUGAUCACGGGCGGGCGGGCGGGUGGCGCUGAGACGUCGGUCGGGCGCUGUGCCGGACGGGAGAGGUGGCAGCGACGUGCCGACGUGGGUAGGAGGGGAGACGCGGCUUUGUUAGCAAAGCCAGAGUGAUUUACAAUGAGGCACUGUUUACAGCCCUGAGCCAGCGAUGGAAAUCCCACAUUCCUGUGGCGGGGGGCGAGUCUAUCCAUAAAAAGACUACCCCCACAACGUGGUACCCGUUUUAUCAUCCCCCUGGAGGGAUGAUGGGCUGAGUCGACCGCUGCUGGAUGAAUGCUUCGCCCCACGCCGCGUCGAGCAGGAGGGGGCGGUUUGACACGUCGUAAGCGAGUGGCAGCGCUUGCGAACGUCGCGAGCUGUACAUUGGCAGCGUUUGCCUCUCGUGGAACUGACGGACGCGGCUUGGGUACGAAGAAGAAUGGAUUUGCGUAGAGGCUUCCCGCCGGUGUCUCGAGGCCUCGCGGCCACGCCGGCGACACGGGGCGCGCGUGCCGGCGAGGCGGAGGCCCCCCGAGGAGCGUGUCGCUGUCCGCUACUGGACCCCCCACAUGGUCUGUUCCUCAGGUUCUCGUUUUAAAUUCGCAGGAGAUGUGUUCAGAAUCGCUGUGAAGGCGGUACGUCUGUGUGCGUCCGUGCGUGCGUGUGUGUAGGGAGCGGUGGUGUAGCGGUUAGCGCGGCGCUACGAACCUGGUGACCCCAGUUUGAUUCCCACUCACAGCUAAAACCAGGGACGAUUAUUUGAACUGGUCCUUGGCCUCCCCUAGGUCGACUCAGCCUCAAAUGAGUACCUGGUGCGAUGUGUAAACAUCGUCACUUGGGAGACAGGCAGCUGGUCAUGGUGUUGGCCACCCACCCCCUUGUGUGCCGUGCUGGCCUUUAUAGGUACUCGCUAACAACACUUACCCCUACAGUCUGUUCAGGCAAUAUGGAGGAUCUUUGUCCCUGGAGCGGUGGUUAGCGCACUGCUCUACGAACUCUGCGAGCCGAGUUCGAUUCUCGCUCAUAGAAAACACCGGUGACGCUUAUCUGAACCGGUCCUAGGCCUCCCCUAGGUCGACUCAGCCUCAAAUGAGUACCUGGUGCGGUGUGUUAACAUCGCCGCUGGGGAGACAAAGGCGGUCAGGCGUAGUCCUGGCCACCCACCCGCUCAUGUGCCGUACCGAGCUUCAUAGGUGAUACUUUCCCCAAUAGGUGACACUUUCCCCAACAGUCUGUUUAGGCUUCACGGGGGGUCUUUGUAUGUACAGCCCGUUUUGUCACUCCACUGCUAGACGAGGGCUUCCCCCACGCUGUGUCGGUCUUGUGCGGUAGUUUAUCUGUACUUCACCAGGGCGCUGCGGUGCUGCGGUGGUGAGAUGUUAACGACGUCGCCUGGUCUACAGGAGGUCGGAGGUUCGCUCCCGACCCUGACGCCUGCUGCUGCUGUAUAUUUGGAGUUUGUUUGUCUCCUUCCCCGUGGUUGCGUGGAUUAGUUCUCUCCGGCUCCUCCGGUUGGUACCUCCACAUUAAGAAUCAACGUCACCGCGCGUUUAGAGUAUUUGGCUGCUGCUAUAAAUGUCCACAAGCCACUUCGCCGGGCCAUCAUUUGUGAUGGCCAGGUCGCUGCUGAAAACAAGAGCUGUACAACGUUUAGUUGAGUACUGAAGGAGCUUUCAUCGAUUGAAGCCGCUGUCAUUGUGUUUGUUCCUGUGAAAAUUAAAAGGUUUUUCCUGUGGCCUCUUCA